GUUAGAUAUAGCUCAAUGGUAUAUGUAACUAGAAUUCAGCUCCUGUUUUUUGCUACUAACAGUAUUAUAUCAUUAGUAUCUCAGGCUGUGAAAGACACCAUAUGGUUAUUUGAGCAAGAGCAAGCACUCGGAUUCAGCAGUGUUUCAACAAACAUCAGAAUGACCGUCAUCAAACCUAAAUCUCGUGAAUUGUGGGUUCAUGCUCCAAUUGCUCCAACCAAAGAAUGUAUUCAGCUCGUGAAAGAGAUGGGAUAUCCUGUGAAAUAUAUUGUCCUACCUACAUUUGCAUAUGAGCACAAAAUAUUUGUUGGCCCAUUUUCGAGAAAGUUCUCAAAGGCUCAAGUAUGGGUGGCACCAAGGCAAUGGAGUUGGCCUUUAAACCUGCCUCUUGAGUUUUUCGGGAUUUUCCGUGCAAAAACACUGAAAGAUGCAGAUUUGUCAACACCAUGGGCUGAUGAUAUUGAGCAAAAGGUUUUGAGCUCUCCCGAAGUUGGAAUUGGACCAUAUGUUGAGGUGGCAUUCUAUCAUAAGAAGUCGAGGACGCUGCUGGUGACAGAUGCUGUAAUAUUUGUCCCAAGUACACCACCUGAGUGCAUUAGUAAGGAGUCCUUAUUAGCAUCUGCAAAAAAUGGUUUGGCUGUUAAAUUACUUAGUAAAGGAAAAGAAGUUCCAGAAGAAGCUGUCGUUGACAACAAA